AUGGCAGAAAGCAAGAGGGUGUGUAUGAAGCUGUUAAUCGACAAGGAAACGAAGAGGGUUCUGUUAGGGGAGGCCGGGAAGGACUGUGUCGACUUCCUCGUCUACCUUCUGUCGUUGCCGGUGGCCACCAUUGUAGGUCUGCUCAGAAAUGGAGGAAGAGGAAUGGUGGGAUCUCUGGGGAAGCUUUACGACAGCAUAGAGAAUCUGAAUGAUUCUUAUCUGCAGAGUGGCAAGAGCAAGAACUCCAUUCUCAGCCCCCCUUUGCCGUGCUGGGAUUCUCGUGCCCCCUUGCUGCUCACUAACAGUGACGAUGACGUCACCGGGGUCAAUAUUAAUAAUAAUAGGAAUAGAAAUAAUCAUAAUCAGCAGGGGAAUGAUGGCGGGGGGUUUGUGAAGGGAGUGGUGACGUACACAGUGACGGAUGAUUUGGAGAUUAAGCCCAUGUCGUCUAUCUCCUGCAUCACUUCUCUCAACCAGUUUAAGAUCAAAGAUCUCAGUUUGUUGGAGGAAAGGGUCGUCGCUUUGGGCAUGAACGAGGGACUUGGCCUGCUCAAGGCUUCUUUUCAAUCCAAACAGGUUCUCACUGAUGUCUUUGUCAAGGGGAUCCAUGAAUGA